ACGAAAGUAACGUGUUAGUCUCUCCUACGUAAUAUAUUGUAUGUUGCGGGGUUGACUCUUUAGGAACAAACACCAGAAGAAGACAAAGCGACGCGUUUCUUUAAGAAGAUGAUAUCGACAGCGCGUCAGGCUCUUCCACAGAGAAUGUAAUGUUAUGGACUGUGCAUUACGUUAGCUCACUGGCUAGCCUGACUUACAGCGAUUUCUAUGGAUAAACAUCUAUUAAUGAGGGAUUUUAGACAGCUACCAAACCACAGGUUCGUCUUUGGAAAAGUUCAAUCAUCCCACCGACUGUCAUGGACAACGUGAAGCCACGCAGCAAUGAUGAGGAUGAAGAGCUGCACUCUACAGACCAAGAGAGUAAAGAGAAGAGCAAAGAUAUAAAGCCCCUGUGUAAAGUCAAGUGGUCCCGAGAUGAGGAUGAAAAGCUGAAAAAACUGGUAGAGCAGCAUGGACCUGACUCCUGGAAACUAAUAGCUAACUUUUUUCCAGGGAGGACAGAUGGCCAAUGUCAGCACCGCUGGCAGAAGGUGCUCAACCCGGAGCUGGUGAAAGGACCCUGGACAAAGGAGGAGGAUCAAAAGGUUAUUGACCUGGUACACAAGUACGGCCCAAAGCGCUGGUCGGUGAUCGCCAAGCACCUCCAGGGGAGGAUUGGAAAGCAGUGCCGAGAACGCUGGCACAACCACCUCAACCCGGAGGUGAAGAAGUCUUCAUGGACUCAGGAAGAGGACAAGAUCAUCUACGACGCCCACAAACGACUGGGCAACCGCUGGGCGGAGAUCUCCAAGCUUCUUCCUGGACGGACAGACAACUCCAUCAAGAACCAUUGGAAUUCCACCAUGAGGAGAAAGGUGGAGCACGAGGGAUACCUGCAAGAUGGCUCCAAGAGUUUCACCUCCUCUCAUGCCGGACUGAAGAGACGCCACCACAGACCGUGUCCUCCAACGCCAACAGAGCUCCAGCACUGUGAUCGCAGUCCCCUGCCGAUACCGGGACCCAACCAGAUGGGGAGCUAUCCUUAUGAUCCUCACUGUAGACACUUGAUGGACGGUCUUCCUGAUAAUUCUGUCUUCGCAUCGCCGUUCUGCCCGGAUGAUCCCGACAGAGAGCAAAGAAUUAAGGAGCUUGAGCUGCUGCUUAUGUCAGCAGAGAAUGAAGUCCAACGACAAGUGCAGUGCAGAGGUCCACGUAGUGUGGAGCCGUACUCAGCCUGGUCCGACAGUGUGUCCGAUGACGCAUUGACUACGAGUAGCAGCAGCAUAGAGGAGCAGGCGGAGAGGAGGCCCUGGAGGGGGCCCGACGUCCCCCAAGGACCUCCACCACAGCUUCCUGUCUCCCCCAGCAAGUUCCUGGCUGUAGAGGCCAGUGCUGUGCUCUCCACCCUGCAGACCAUACCGGAGUUUGCUGAAACCAUGGAGCUCAUUGAUUCGAUGUGUUUUGCUCUGCAGGACCCCAUUGCAUGGAGCGACGCCGUCAGCUUCGACUUGUCGGAGACGGCGACGCCGCCCAGGCACAACCAGGCCGGCUACACCACUCUCCUGCAAGAGAGGACGAUUGACAAUUCAAUGGCCUUCACGGUCAACACUCCGCCUGCCGUCUCUGGUCGGGAUAAGAACUGUGCUUCAUUUGGUCUGGGCGCUGUCGCCUCCUUGACUCCUAUCAACUCCUCCAAACCCACCCAGGCAUCCACUGGGAGGAGGAGGAGGAGGGAUAGGGGGGAGCCAUCUCCUUCAUGUGACAGGACCUGCUCUUCCUUCCUGGAAAACAUCUCAAAUUCUCCCAAGAAAACGCCCACAAAGUCACUGCCGUUCACUCCGUCACGGUUCUGCAACAUAUCGGGGGCGGAGCAUCUGAAUCUGGAUAACCCCGCCCUCACCUCGACGCCUGUGUGUGGCCAAAGGUGUCUCCUCAACACGCCGCUCCACAAAGAGACCACACCUAAGCACCAGAAAGAGAAUGAUGGUUUACGAACCCCUAAAUUUCGUAAAACUGUCAUGAUUCCAACCCCGAGGACACCGACUCCUUUCAAAAAUGCUUUGGCUGCCCAGGAGAAAAUGCAUGGGCCACUAAAGAUGGAGCCACAGCCGCUGGCAUUUCUAGAAGAAGACAUUCGAGAAGUUUUGAAGCAGGAGACCGGAGCAGACAUCUUUAACAGAUCGGACCUCCAGCCAGACUACAGAGCAUGGAAGCAUAACAUCGGUGGCCCAGCUAGAAAGGUGCGCAAGUCUCUUGUGCUGGACCCCUGGGGGAAAGACUGCCCCAACGUGCAACUCUUCCAAGAGCAGCUCAACAACGCACACGUGCCAGAUGAAAGUAUACUGACAGGCUCUUCACUCGUCACACAAAUCCCUGAGCAAGAAGAGUGUAGCCGCUCGUCGCCCUCAUCGGUCCCCGUUCAUCCUCACCGCUUCAGUGGCCCCCGGAUGAAGAAGCUUCUCGCCUCCCACAAAGCACCAAAACAGGCCGCGGUACAGGUGAGUGAGUGGGAAGCAGUGGUUUAUGGGAAGACAGAGGACCAGCUGAUCAUGACGGAACAGGCCCGUCAGUACCUGAACCCCUACACGUCGUCCGGCUCUACCUCAAGGGCCCUGGUGCUUUAAAGCCGUCCCCUUCGCUGCGCAUGCGACACUACUACUACGCCCGUCCGACGACUAAAACCUCCACUGAUUCCUGUAAGAGACAAUCCAAUGAAGACAAAUGAUUUUAAAUAUUUCUUUGGAGCAGCAAUGCACUGCCAAGGAGGUCCACAAAAUAAAAUGCAUGGCUGCUGCGUUUUCAACACAUUUAUACUUCACUGCCCAAGUAGUUUCUUGUCCAUAGGUUCUGUAUUUCCCUUUGAAUACACAAAACCUGGCAACGUAAGCAGCUUUGUACAGGUAUGACAAGGCCAGACUUUCUCUCUGCACUCGUCGGUAAUGUUGAAACAACCUGCACAUACAGUAGGCUGUAGAAAUAGUGUGUAUUACUAGCAGUGACUGCUUCUGAGUUUUAUAUUGUUAAUAUAUUGUUUAAAUGACAAGAAAGACAUUUUUAUAAUGUAACGCUACUCAUUGCGUGUCUCCUCCAGCUUGUUGAGCUAAACUGCCCCGUUGCUGUUGUCAGAUGAAAACCACGUACAUGCAAAAUGUGUAGCUCUUUAAUUGACACCCGUGUAUUUUAUUUUUUUAAAUCACACCAUGUGUUUUUAACUAGACUCCUACAGUACAGAAGAUAAUGUCAACCAUGGCUUUGAAAUGAGAGAAACAGAAAUGCAGUUACGUGGUUUUUGUUGAGACAGCGGCGUUACGUUGCUGAACGCCGAUUCGUGGCGAUGUGAAGGUUUUGAGGAGGGAAAUAAGAAACUGUGUCAGUAUUGCACUACUGAGUUGAUUCGCUGAGGAAGGAGCAGCGUUUUGAAGGGCAAACUGGAUCGCACUUGUGAUGGUAUCGUUUUCUAACACGUUUCCUUUCCAAGGUCAUAGUGUCUGUCGAGACAUCGGUUGAAUGUAUUUCAUUGCAAUGUACAUGUGUAAAAACCUCAAAAUGGAAGGGUACCGUAAUGUUUAUUUGUUUUUAUUUAUUAUCUGACAGCCCUAAAGCUUAGAUAUUAAUAUAAAUCGGACACCGUGAGUUUUUAAGAAGUCUAACUUUGCUGACAAAACAGCCUAAAAAAAACCUCUAAACCAGUUUUCAUAUCAUCAGUGUUCUAUGACGAGCAUUUGGUUGAGAAGGAUUUACUUUUUAUGUGAAGGCUGUAGGUUUUAUUUAUUUAAUGUCUACUAAUUUAUUUAUUUCUAAAAAAAAAAAAAACAUUUAAAAGAAAUUAAUAAAGAAUUUUAUAGAUUUUUUUUUUUUUUUUUUUUUCUCUUUCGAAAUCAGGAUUGUGCUACCAUUCAGCUUCAUCACUCCAAGUUAGAAGAGCAUGCACUGCCUCUAAUUCAAUAUGCCAAUUUCUUCUCUAGCUAAUAAUCAUUGCGUAGUUGUAUCUGUGAUCUUGUAACAUGUAGCUAGGACUUUUUCUUCCUUUGAUUCAAAUGUGUUCUUCGCUAUUAGCUAGCAGGACUCCAUCUCCGACCUCUAAUCAUAGACAAAUUGCACUUUUUACUCGUUUAAUUUUAAAUGUGUGUCCAUUCUGAUGAUGUUAGCUCUCGUCCUUGUUUGAUUUUAAUGUUGGGCGUGUGUGUGUGUGUGUGUGUGUGUGUGUGUUAGACAGUUGUCUUCCUGUUUUGUAAUGAUUGCUGACAUUACAAUCCUGCUGCUUGAUUUUUAACAUGUUCUCCUGUUCUGCUGCAGAACUUUGUGCUUAUAUACACUACAUUGAAGCCUUAUGAAACACCUUUUUUUUUUUUUUUUUUGACAGACAAAUACAGCAAACACAGAUUAUCUUGAACUUGUGCGUAAGAACAAAGUGCUUAUUAAAUAUAAUGUAAAUAUGCACGAAUUUUUGGUGUUUUUUGGUCUGAAGAACUGCACAUGUGCUUCCAUGUUAACAGGCUGACUCGUGUCAUUUUUAACCAUCUUGAAACAAAUCUAUAAUCCGGUGAAGUAUCACUACAGUCUUCUUUGUAUUAUCGGCAUUAGCAAAGUAUCAAUCUGGAUUAUCCUGCAUUAAGCAUUUAAGUGAGAAUAAGAAGGGAAUCUUGUCAGGGAGAUCAAGUGGAAAGAUCAGGAGUGUACAACUCUAAAACAGAAAGUAGACUAACAGCCACAUUAGACUGUUCUUUAAUCUGGUGGCUGAGAAGUGUCUAAUCUGUAUAUAAUUGUGUUAUGUGUUCUGUUUGUUGGUUUGACUUGUGUUUGUACAUUCCAUUUGUUAAGUCCAAGUUGAUAUGUUUGUACGUUAACAACAUUUGGCCAUGUAACAUCACAGGAUAGCAGCAGCUCUUUUAUACUACUGUAGUUAUGCAUGAGCAAUACACAAGAUGCUGGACUUUGCUUUAAUUGAAGAGGUGAAUCACAGAUGUAACACACACUGUAUGAUGUAACACACACUCUGUUUUUGUAGAAUUUUCAGUCGAAAUCAUAACCAAGGUACCAUAGAAAU